AUGAAUGAAAGAAUAUUAAAGAAUAUUUGGAGAUGUGAAUCAUCAUGUCUAUUAAGCAAAAAAAAUUUGAACUUGAAUUUAUUUACCUCUUUAAAAAUAUCAUAUUGUACUAAUUUACUACACGAAAGAAAAAGUAGCAUUGUAUGUAUUAGCAGUGUUAGUGGUGUGAGAAGAGUCGGGAGCACAAAGCCGCACAACAUAGUACACAUGAACAAUGAAAAGAGCAAAUGCCCAAAAGAAAGUUGUAAAGUUGGAAAUUACGACUUGAAAAUCGGCACUACUUACGAAACAUGCUGUCUUAAGGGGAAGUUCUGUUCAUUUCAUUUUGAUAAAGAUACUCAUGUUUUACACGCAGAGAAGAAUACUACCAGUAAUAGUAGCAAUAACAAUAGUACCAGUUGCAAUAGUACCAGUUGCAAUAGUACCAGUUGUAAUAGUACCAGUUGCAAUAGUACCAGUUGUAAUAGUACCAGUUGUACCAGUUGCAAUAGUACCAGUUGUAAUAGUACCAGUUGCAAUAGUACCAGUUGUAAUAGUACCAGUUGCAAUAGUACCAGUUGUAAUAGUACCAGUUGUAAUAGUACCAGUGAUAAUAAUAAUUUUAGUACCUCGUUUAACAGACGGCGCGUGAGUUAUUACUCAACAUUUACAAAUGACGAUGGUGCAGGGGAAAGAUUAAAGGAUGGGGAGCGAGAUUUCCAAAAAGAAAAAAAGAAUGUUGGUUAUGGUAGCAUAAUUAGUGGUAGCGUAUUUAAUGGUAGUUUAAAUGAGGGUAGUUAUGAAAUGGAAGGAAAAAAUAAUCCAGGGGAAACUAUUAAAAGAGAGGAAGGUACACAAGUUGGUAUGUCUGAAAAAGAAAAGGAAGACAUAAUGUAUCUUUACAACAAUUCAAAUAAGGAAAAAUCGAAUAACGAACGAGACAGUAGGGCGGAAAAAAAAAAAAAAAAAAAAAAAAAUAAUAAUAAUAAUGAUAAUAAUAAGGACACAAUAAGUAGUGACCACUUCCAGAGGGAAGAAGCUACCAGUCGUAGAGAAAGUAACGAAGGAAUAAUAUCCAGGGAAGAAACUAUAAAUAAUGAACGUGUAUACAAUGAAUCGGAAAAUUUGAAUGACGGAAAUGGGGAACAACAAAAGAGGGAUGAUAACGACAGGAGCAAUGAAGAGGGAGAUGGAAUAAAGGAUGAGAUGAAGAGAAAGAAUGGAGAGUUGAAGGGAAAAGAUGACGAGUUGAAGGGAAAAGAUGACGAGUUGAAGGGAAAAGAUGACGAGUUGAAGGGAAAAGAUGACGAGUUGGAGGGAAAAGAUGACGAGUUGAAGGGAAAGAAUAUCGAGAUAAAAAAAGUGCUAAAUAUUAUAUUUUGUUCAUCUAUUCCUAUGAUAGGAUUUGGUUUUGUAGAUCAGUUUAUUAUGAUUCGUUUAGGUGAUAUGUUUGAUGCAUCCAUUGGUGUAUCAUUUGGUAUUUCUACUCUGUGUGCAGCAUCUAUAGGUCAACUUUGCAGUGAUACGUUUGGAAUAUUUUUUGGUUGUUUUAUAAAUUAUUUACUUCAGAAAUAUAAGGUUAUACAGCCUACAAAAUUUGAUAUAAAAAAUAAAGUAUAUCAAUAUUAUACGUUAAUAGGGUCAGUUUUAGGAAUAUUACUUGGUUGCUCACUUGGUAUGUUACAACUUAUAUUUAUUGAUACUACUAAAAGUGAACGGAUGAAAAAAAAGAAAGAGCUCGAUUUCAUUUUUCAAAUGGUUAUGUGUGAUUGUUCUAAUAUAUUAAAUUGUGAAACGUCUACUUUAUUUUUAUAUGAUAAAGCAAAAAAUGAAUUAUGGAGUAAAGCUAUUCAUGGUAGGAAAAAUAUUAUAAAAAUUUCAGCUAAUAGUAAUGAGAAAAGUUUCAAUCUAUGGGUUCUCCGAAAUAAAGAAAUUAUUAAUUGUAAGGAUGUACUAAAUAAUGAAUUAUACAAUCCUGCACAUGAUGAAAAAUUUAAUUUUAAAACAAGAACAAUUUUAGCUGCACCUAUUUUAGACAGAAACAAUGAAGUAGUUGGUGUACUUAUGUUUUUAAAUAAAUUAAGGUCUCAUGGUGGUUAUUUUACUACAAAUGAUGAGAAAUUAGCUGAAAUGAUGAGUAAACAUAUUUCCAUCUUUAUGGAAAAGUUUAAUUAUAUCAGUGAGGGGGAUAAAAAAAUGAUUAUUUUUGAUAAAGAGAAGGGUAAUUCGCAAGAGGGGGAGGGAGAAGAGGAAGAGGAAGAGGAGGAGGAGGAGGAGGAAGAUGAAGCAACAGAAAGAGACGAAACAGACGAAGAAGACAAAGUAGACGUAGCAAUGGAAGGAGAGAAAUCAAACAGGGGAAAGAAGAAAUCUGAACGACGUAAUACUAAAUUUAACAUGCUAGUGGAAAAAAGUGUAGACGAUGUAGUAGAAAGUGUAGCAAACGACACAGCAAAAAAUGGAAUAGUAAGUGAUGAGGAAUAUGUGAAAAGAAAAAGAUUAGAAAACAAAAAAAAAGAGGUAAAAAAAAGAAAAAGGGACAAAGAUAAAAUAAGCCAUUAUAGUAUUUCACAAAUAAACGAGGAUGAUGAUGAUGAUAAGAUUUUCGACGAAGGAAAUGAAAAUGAUAACGGUAAACAGUUUGAUGAGGAAGACGAUGUAUAUGAUGAUGAAGAUUACGACGACGAUGACGAUGAGGAGGAGGAGGAGGAGGAGAGGCAAGAACAGGAGCGGGAGAAGAAACAGGAACAUGACCAUGAUCAUCAUCAGCGGGAGCACGAAGAUGAGGGAAAAACGAUAUACGAAAGUGAGAAAAAAAACGAAAAGAAAUUUGCGGAAAAUGGGGAUAGCGAGUACAUAUUAAGGCAACCAAGGGAAGAGGAAAUGAAGAGAAGCAAAGAAAUUGGAAAAUUAGAUGCGGGAAAACGUGGCUCAUCAGAUGGGACGACAUAUGGGGAAGCAAAUUGGACAAUACGUGGGAAAGAAAAAAUACUGAACAAGUCAGUCCAAGAAGAAAACAUUGAACAUAAAGCAGUCGAAGAGCAAAAACAGGCAGGAAAAAAUGAUGAGGAAAUGUCUAAUUACAUGUUAGUGGAAAAUUACUUCAAUGAUAGCAGUUAUUAUAAUGAUAACAAAUCGAGCGAAUGUAACGAGAAAAGCAAUUCCUUUGGUGUCAGUAACAAAUACAUGAAUUGGGGAAAUUUCAUAAAUAACAAAAAGGGAACAAUCACGCCAAAGGAUAUAGUAGAGUCUAACGGAGUAGCAAAGUUUAACGGAGUAAUCAAGUCUAAUGGCGUACUAAAUUCUAAUGGAGUAUUAAAUUCUAGUGGAGUAUUAAAUUCUAGUGGUAUAGUUCAGUCUGAUGGGGAAAACAAGGGAGACAACGUACCCAUCCUGAAUAUCAAUAGUAAUCUAAGUGAUGAUUUGUUGAAAGAGGUGAAAUGUUUAGAAUCAGACUACGAAUCAAAGAAAGAAGCGUUUGUACUGAAAAAUACACCAAGGAACGCUGGAUCCAUCAGUGCUGCAUCUUCAAAUAGAAAUGGGAUUGCUAAUAGAAGUAAAGAUAACGAACAUUUAAUGGAGCAGGAUAGAUAUAUGCAUUUGAGUCAUACUUCACGCCAUAUGGGGCGUAGUAAUAGUACUGCUAACAUUUACCGGGAAGAGGAAAAGCAUGGACCUUCUAAAUUUUCAAAUGUCAAAAUAUAUGAUAUUAAUAAGUACAAUGAAUGUUUUAAUUCUUAUUUAGUAAGUAUCAUUCAAAAUAUAGAUGAGUUUUUUAUUAAUGUAAAGAAAAGGAGCUACGUAUUUUAUUUAAAGAAUUAUGAAGAGAAAAUAAAUUUGUCUAAAAAAUGGAAAAUAUGUAGUGGUCUUGGUAGCAUUUUUAAUGGAAGAAAUAGUUUUGAAAGUAAUGUAUGGAACCAAAAUAAUGUACAUGAAAGGGGGUGCGUAGAGACGUAUAGAAGAACUGAUGAUGGUUGCGGUAUGGAUGGGGUUAAUAUUGAAGUUGGGGGUAUCGAUGAUAAUUACAUGAACGUGGUAAGGGGGAGUAAAGAGAACAAUAAUGUAAAUGAGAGGGAAGGGAAAAACGAAAAAAAGGACGAGCAGAAUUACAACUACAAUUUAAAUGUUUUUCUGAACGAAGGUGUGCAAAGUGUACACAUAAAUUGUGCGCUUGGAAUUAUUAACAGGAUUAACAAAGAAGUGAUUAAGAUAUACUUGAAAAAUUUGGAACAUGUGGAAAAAUUAUUAUUUAAAAAAAAAAUAAUAAUGUUAGAUAAUGUUAUAAAAGUACAUAAUAUUAGCCCUUUUAAUGAAAAAACAUUUUCUUACAUAAAUUUUGGAAGAGUCUUUAAUUAUGUAUCAUCUCAAAAAAAAAUGGACAUAAGAAAUUUUAAAAUGGUAAAAAAUAUAUACAAAUAUAAUGUAUAUAAAAUAUUUAGUAACCAUUAUAAAUAUUUUAUAAUAAAGAAAAAAAAAAAAUUAAAGAAAUUUUGUUAUACCAUUAAAUAUUUUGAUAUAUAUAAAUUGUGUCAUUUCUGGUUUACUAUAUAUUGUCAAAAUGAACUGAAAAAAUUAUUUUACAAAAACCUGAAUUUUAUUGUUAAUUUACACAAUUCACGAAUAAUAGAUUUUAAAUUAAUUAACAAUUAUAUAUUAAAUAAAAUUUACGAAAAUGCAGCCGUUAGUUUUAUUACUCCAAGUACAUGUUGUAACAUCAGGACGAUUGAUUUUUUCUUUAGAGAUGAUUUGUAUCUUUGUAAUAAAACGACAAUGAACCAUAUUAUUUACAAAUAUUUCAUAUUUUACUAUUGUAAAAAAAAAUUAAAAAAAAAAAGAUUUAAUUAUUAUAAUUACAACUAUCAAGAUUUAUAUAUAGCCCAAAAUUUUUUUGGACAAAAUACACACACGAAAAAGGUACCCAAGAUAUUACAAGACGAUUUGGGAAAGAAGAGUGAAAUUAUUACAGUAGACAGGUAG